AUGCAAUCUUCCAAACCGAAAUACGUUCUAUUACUGGCAUCCAUCAUAAUUAGUUUGAUGAUUUGUUGGGUCAAUGCUUUACCGAUUGCUCAACAAUCCACCCCAUACCAACCACAUUGUGAAGAAUGGCAAAUCCUACUCAAUCAAACAACAUACAAGAAUAACACCUAUAUUCCACUCCUCUUCAAAAAAAACGGUUCAGAUAUGUUAUACGUCUUCUCAGCCGAUUUGUACACAGAUAAGGGCGCGGCGAAGUAUUUGUGGCAAGCCACUGAUAAUACCAAAUUAUACUUUGAUAACACUGGAACUGCAAGUAAAGAUGUGUUGUUAAUAGUCCCUUCUGAUCCGGAAGAGGACUACGAGCUCACAAAUGGUGCAAACCCAACACAGUUCUACAUUAGAAGUUGGGGUACUACGAAUGGGGACACCCAUUGUGCUACUUUGAGCGCACCAUUCUACGUUAGUCCUUAA